CGCUGAUCAUUUCCUCCCCCAAUUCUCCGUGGAAAACCCUACUUCGCUUCUCGUCUCUGUCUCGGUGAUUUGAAUUCGGCUCAAAAUUUUACUAUGUUGUUGAGAUUUUUCUAUCGAUGCUUCGGUUAGGUUAUUGUGCUGUGAAUAUAUCACUGAAUCACGUUCAGAUGCUUAUUAUAACGGUCGAGAAAGAGAUAUUGACAAGGACUACGUUAAAAUUAGUAAAUCUGAGUUUUUUUUAUGGUAUCUUUUUUUAACGAUUAAAGAUUGUAGGUGAGCCAUGGCCGACGCAGUUGUCUCAUUUGGAGUGCAAAAGUUGUGGGAUCUACUGAUUCGGGAAUCCGAACGGUUUACAGGAAUCCAUGAACGAGCUACAGAAUUGCGAAAUGAAGUGGGACGGUUAAAGGGUUUUCUUAAAGAUGCAGAUGCCAAGAAACACGCAACCGAAAGGGUGAGGUUUUGUUUGGAAGAGAUCAAAGAGAUUGUCUAUGAUGCAGAGGAUGUUAUCGAAGCCUUUCUUCUCAAAGAAAGGUCUGUGGAUGAGAAAGGGAUAAUAGAGCGUCUCACUAAGUGUACUUGCAACCUGAUGAAUCGGAUAAAGGCUGAUUCGCAGAUCAAAGGCAUAACUGCAAGGAUCUCCAAGGUAAUGGAGAGUAUGCAAUGUCUUGGCAUCCAAUAUAUAGUUGACAAUGGAAUUCCUCCAAAGCCUUUAUCGGAAAGGUUAAAGAAGAGUCGACAAACAUUUCCUAAUGAAUCUGAAAGUGAUCUUGUGGGGUUAGAGCAUAGCAUUCAAGAACUAACGGGACAUUUGGUGGAGAAUGUCAAUAUUCGAGUGGUUGCUAUAUGUGGGAUGGGUGGUAUCGGGAAAACCACUCUAGCUAGACAAGUUUUUCACCAUGACAUGGUUCGGGGUUAUUUUGACAAGUUUGCAUGGGUGUGUGUUUCAAAACAAUGUAGGCGAAAGUAUAUUUGGCAAGAGAUCUUAUUGAAUCUUUGGCCAAAAGAAGAGGAACAUAGGAUUCAGCAAAUGUCUGAAGAGCGACUACAAGAUGAACUCUUCAAAAUGCUUGAAACCAAUAAAUGCCUGAUUGUCAUCGACGAUAUCUGGAGUAAGGAAGAUUGGGACCUUAUAAAGCCAGCUUUUACUCAAAAACCAGGUAGCAGAAUCUUACUCACGUCUCGAAAUGAGGAUGUUGCUUCGUAUACAGAUCCAAGAUGUAAAACUUUUAAACCAAGAAGCUUAACUCAUGAAGAGAGUUGGAAACUGUUACAACGGAUCGCAAUUUCGGGAAGAGACGAUAUUGAGUUUGAGAUCAAUGAAGUGAAGGAAGAGGUUGAGAAAAUGAUAAAACGCUGUGGUGGAUUACCUUUGUCGGUCAAAAUGCUAGGUGGCUUGUUAUCCACCAAACGCACAGUAUCCGAGUGGAAAAGGGUACAUGAUAAUAUCGGAUCUCAAAUUAUAAGAGGAAUAAGCCCCGGCGACAACGAGAAUAAAGCAUUCCAAGUGUUGUCGUUGAGCUAUGAAGAUUUGUCAUUCCGUCUAAAGCAUUGCUUCCUUUACUUGGCCCAUUUUCCAGAAGAUGAAGAGAUAUAUACAGAAAUAUUGUACCAAUAUUGGGUUGGGGAAGGAAUAAUAGAAAUAUCGUCAGUAGGCACUAAUAGUUCUAUUCGAGAUGCCGCAGAAGGCUACCUUGAGGAGCUUGUGAAGAGAAAUAUGGUUUUAGUCUCUAAGAGACAUGAGGUGAGUUCAAGAAUUUUCAAAAUUAGGGUGCAUGAUGUAAUGCGAGAUGUGUGUCUGUGGAUAGCCAAAGAAGAGAACUUCCUCGAAGUUGUUAGUGCGGAGACUCAAUUCUCAAACGCCAAUGCUUCAUCUCAGAUACCUGCCUAUAGGUCUCGCAGACUUGCCAUACAUAUGGAUUUAGAUGAUGGUAAACAAAGAACAUUUCACCAAAAACAAAUAAGGAACCCAGAGUUACGAAGUCUUUUGUGUAUCACUCGAAGGUACAACACUCGAUGGAAUUCAGCUCUGAGCUUUGGAGGAUUACGAUCAUCACUCAGGGUAUUAGGUCUUUGUGGAGCACAAUUUAGACAAGGGAAGUUACCAAAGAGCAUUGGAAAGCUCAUUCACUUGAGAUACUUGAGCUUAUUUGCUACUAAUGUAUCAAAAGUACCAUCUUCUCUUGGGAAUCUGUCGUUGUUGGUCUUUUUGGACUUGAGGAGUUUUGGACAAAAAGUUCAUGUGCCCAAUGUCUUGAAGAGGAUGAAGGAUCUGAGUUACCUUUGGUUGCCUUAUGAACUCAGUGAAGAGACAAAGUUGGAUAUGGGAAGUCUAGUAAAGUUGGAGACUUUGAUCAACUUGUCAACAAAGCAUUGUAGAGUGGAAGACCUUCUCCAUAUGAGAAAUCUUAGACAACUUCAUAUUGAUGUCUAUGGAACAUCGAAUGAGGAGAUUUUACCUUUAUCUCUCGUUACUGCGCUGAAACUUGUGGAGGAUUUUCAGUUGUGCCACCAGCCGAUUGAUAACCCAGUUGAAGUCGAUAUAGGAGGGUUCGCUCGUCUCCACCGGCUAAGUUUGAUAGGUAUAAAGAUGGAAAAGUUACCAAAUGGACUCCAAUCCGCUCCCAACAUUGCGUCUAUUUCGUUAUGGGGUUGUAGAAUAGAGGAGGAUCCAAUGCCCAUUCUUGAGAAGAUGCGUAGUUUAAAAAAAGUUUCAUUUUUGAUCGAUAGUUUCAUAGGAAGGAAAAUGGUCUGUUCGAGUAGAGGGUUCCCGCAAUUGCGUUACUUGCAAAUAUUGGGGCUAGACAAUCUACAAGAGUGGGUGGUGGAAGAAGGGUCCAUGCCUCGUCUUCGUCGUCUAUGGAUCCAACGUUGCACAAAGCUGGAGAGGUUGCCUGAUGGAUUGACAAACAUCUCUUCUCUAAAGGAAUUGGAUCUCAGAUGGAUGAAGAAGGAAUUCAAGGAGAAGCUGGUUGAAGGGGGAGAAGACCAUUACAAGGUCCAACACAUCCCUUCCGUCACAUUUGAAGGAUGUGACGAAUAAAUAGCCUUUUUGUGCGUCUGUCUAUGUCUCUGAGACAUAUUUCACAGUAUUCUCCAUCUAUUAAGCGAAAUUAAUUCCAUUUAAUUGCUGUA